UAUCAAGGAACGAGUGCAGCACACGACUCGAGCUCCUACUUCACCGUCCCCAACAACUUCCUCCUUCCUCGUCCCUUUUCGCAUCGACAGCAACAACCGCAAAGAUGGUCUACGUGCGACAAGAAAAGCUUCCCAACCUGAAGCAAUACAAAUACUCCGGCAUCGACCACUCGCUCCUUUCCCGCUACAUCCUGAAGCCAUUCUACACACACGUCGCCAUAAAAUGUUUCCCCAUGUGGAUGGCACCGAACUUGAUCACCUUGACGGGUUUCAUGUUCGUGGUGAUCAACUUGUUCACGUUGUUGUGGUAUAAUCCGACGCUCGAUCAGGACUGCCCGCCAUGGGUAUAUGCCAGUUGGGCCGUGGGAUUGUUCCUAUACCAGACAUUCGAUGCUAUUGAUGGAUCUCAGGCGCGCCGAACGCAUCAAAGCGGACCGCUCGGCGAGCUUUUCGACCACAGUGUUGAUGCUGUGAACACGUCGCUCGAGGUCUUGAUCUUUGCUGCAUCGCAGAAUCUAGGGAUGGGUUGGAAAACUGUUAUGACGCUUUUCGCAUCGCUCUUGACAUUCUAUGUUCAGACUUGGGACGAAUAUCACACGAAGACAUUGACCCUGGGCCUAAUUUCGGGUCCAGUGGAAGGAAUUGUAAUUCUGACAGCCGUAUACGCGUUUACUGCUAUCAAAGGAGGAGCAAGCUUCUGGCAGCAAUCCAUGUUCGAGACCGUUGGAAUACCCAACUACCCGUUCAUCCCGGAAUAUAUAUAUCAGCUUCCGUUCAACGAGUGGUAUAUGGUACAAGGUGGAAUUGUGCUUGUUCUCAACACGAUUCAAUCUUCCAUGAAUGUAAUUUCUGCUCGACGAGCCAGAGGUGACAAGUCUCGCGGUGCACUCCUCGGACUCAUCCCCUUCGGUGUAACAUGGACCUUGAUCCCCGCAUACCUGUACCUGAACCCCGAAAUACUACACAACCAUCUCGUCCCCUUCGUGUUCUUCGCUGGUCUCGUCAAUGCGUACUCAGUUGGUCAGAUCAUCACUGCCCAUCUCGUGAAGCUCGACUUUCCCUACGGAAAUGUUCUCGUGUUACCGAUUGCCUACGGAGUCUUCGAUUCUCUAGGACCUUUCUUGCAAGAGCAUAUUGGUGUCGGAUGGCCCAGUGCUCUUGGUGGGGAUGUUUACCAGGUUGCAUAUGUGUUCUGCAUGCUGGGCAUGGCUAUCGGCGUUUAUGGGAGCUUCGUUCUCGAUGUCAUCGUGACCAUCUGCGAUUACCUUGAUAUCUGGUGCUUGACGAUCAAGCACCCAUGGAACGAGGAAGAAGAGGCGAAAAAGGCGCAAUAGACAAUGGAAUGAUACGAGAUAUAUGAUAUGAUACCCGGCAGGAAGGAGAAGCACAAGAGAUACGAUAAUUAUGUUGUACUAUUGAGCGCCAAAAAAGAGCAUGGAGUUCAGUUUGGCUUUCUUGAUUUCAUAGUAUUUCAAUUCAUGCAUUUGUAUAUU